GCAGGCAAUCUGAUUAAAACAGGCGAAGAGAUCAAAUGAACAUUUCUCUGAAGCAGAUGUACAAAUGGCCCGUGAGCACAGGGAGUUACUCAGCGUCACUAGUCAUCAAGGAAGGGAGAUUCAAGGACAAUGAGAGACCAUUUCACAACUCUUGAGGGUGGCUUUCAUCAGCAAAACCUGCAGUGUGGACAAGGAUGUGGAGAAAUCAGAACCCAUAUUAUUAUCCGUAGGAAUGUAAGAUGGUAGCUGCAGUGAAAACGGCAUGGCAGCCCCUCCAGGAAAAUGAGACGUGAAGUUGCCGUAUGACCCAGCAGUCCCCACUCUGUGUGUUUGUCCUAAAGAAGUCAACUGAGGCUCAAAUGUCCACCUAUGGCCACGGCAGCAUAUUCACAAUAGCCAGAAGGUGGACGCAAAUCAAAUGCCCACCGGCAGGUGAAUGGGUAACCAAAGCAUGGUCGCUACACACAGUGGAAUAGUACUCAGCCUUCAAAAAGGGUAUUCGGACAUGCUACAACAUGGGUGACACUGGAAGAAAAUUUGCUGAGCAAAACAAGCCAGUCACAAAACACUAUGAAUUCAUAGAGACAGACAGCAGGAGGCAGGGGGCUUCUUUUCCCUGCCAGAGUCCUGGGCCAGAGGAGAGGCUUCUCCAAGGAACUGGCUUGUGCUUCGCUAUCAGGAAGUUUCAAGUUUCAAUAACCGUUUCUUGGCCGUCACACUGAUUGGAGCUGAAGGCCUCCACUCGAGUUCUGUUCAGCCGUGGAAAUGUGUUGCUGGAUUGGCCGACGCCUUCUCUGGCAGAGUCUUCCGUUCUCUAUUCCACACCCACGUGGGAGGCGCUUGGGUGGCAGGUGGAGAUGGGGGAAGAUGGAGACCCUGAAAGACAAGACCGUGGCGGAGCUGGAGGAGAUGCAGAAUGACCCGGAGACCAUUGACCGCCUGGCCCAGGAGGCCCCUGAGGUCCAGGACCUGCAGCUGGAGCGCGAGAUGGCACUGGCCACCAACCGCAGCCUGGCCGAGCAGAACCUGGAGUUCCAGGGCCCCCUGGAGAUCAGCCGCUCGAAUCUCUCAGAUAAAUACCAGGAGCUCCGGAAGCUCGUGGAACGGUGCCAGGAGCAGAAGGCCAAGCUGGAGAAAUUUUCUUCAGCAAUGCAGCCAGGGACUUUGUUGGACCUUCUGCAAAUCGAAGGCAUGAAGAUCGAAGAAGAGUCAGAGGCCAUGGCUGAGAAGUUCCUGGAGGGCGAGGUGCCCUUGGAGACAUUCCUGGAGACCUUUUCCUCCAUGAGGAUGCUGUCCCACCUGCGCCGCGUCCGCGUGGAGAAGCUCCAGGAGGUGAUGCGGAGACCCAGAGUGUCCCAGGACACGCCCGCGGGCCCCACGGCGCAUGGCCCGCUCCCGCCCGCCCCCUUCCCGGUGUUGCCCCAGCCCUACCCCGCCUACGGCCCCCAUUACCCGUCGGCCCAGCCGGCACCCAGGGCCGCCGGGGGCUACUCCUGGUCCCCACAGCGGAGCUUGCCACCCCUGCCGGGCUAUCCCGGGGCCCCCACUGGUGCUUCUGGCCCUGGGUACCCCACGGCGGGGGGCCGUGCCCCCAGUGCUGGCUAUCCUCAACAGCCCUCCUACCCCUCAACAGGCGGCAAGCCCCCCUACCCCACGCAGGCGCAGUACCCCGGCCAGCCCCAGCCCCCGGGACCCCCGCGGCCGCCCUACCCCACCGGCCCCGCCCCCCCCUACGGGUUCCCCCCCCCUCAGGGGCCUGUCUGGCCUGGGUAUUAGAGGCCCGCCUGGCCCUUCCCUUCCUCCCCCGCCCCUCACUGAGAUUCGAGGCUAAAUUGGGAGUGGCGCUGGCUCUCAUGGGUGUGUGGGGACACGCGGGGACAGCGGGCACCCCUCUUGGGCUGCCCGGGGCAGGGGCGCCCCCUCCCAGGGCGUUCGCACCUUUCUGAGUGAGGGAGUGAGUGUGAGCAGGCGUCUGCUCAUCCACAUGCGCCCUGCCCUCACGGGUGCGGAGCCGCUAAGGGUCACCUCAGCGAUGAGGGUCCCUGCAUCUGGCCUUGGCUCACCCGCCCGCCCUGGCGUCAGCCUCUCCCUGUGGUGCCCUGGCCGAGGGCCGCUGCUCUGUGGGGCCCCUGAGGAUGCCGGCACCACCCGCGCCCAGGGCUGGGGUGGGGAGAGCGGCUCAGCGGAAGCCCAAGGACUGUCACGUGACUUAAAGCCAUAACGGACCUGACAGGCUGAUGUCAGAUGAGCGGGUGCCGGGUGCUGCGCGUGGAGGAGACGGGGCUGUGAGGGUGGGCCCCCGACCUGAGUUGCCCUGGGGGCCCCUUGUGCCCUCUGGCAGGGAGUGAGUAGCUCCGGCCCAGGAAACUGGCCGCCUCGGCCCGUGUAGGAGCGGAGGGCCGCUGCCUCCCAAGUCCUGGCCCUCGGGGGCGCCCACUUCUGGCCGACUUCUGUCACUCCUCUAGUGCCUUGGAUCUCACAGCAGCCCUGCCCUCAUCCCCUUCCUCUGACCCCCAUGACUCGGGACCCCACCCCGCUCCUCCUAAGGUGAUGUCAGCAGAGGCCCUAACCGUCGCUCCCCGUGGUGCUUUCUAGAACACCACUGCUGCGCCGGCCUGCUGUCAGCCCCUCUCGUCUUCAGGAUGUCUAGGGCAGGGACUGUGGCCCGUGCCACUUGCCGCCUCCAGCACGGCGGGGCUUCUGAGCGCGCUCAGCAGCAGCGCUGACUGCGAGGCCAAAGCGGGUGCAAAGAAUGAAGCGUUAGCAGGAGCCGGGUCUCGGGGCACACUCUGGAGCUGCUGUGGGUCAGGGUGUCUGUCACAUGUGCCUUGAAGCGCCCGCUCCUUGGGGACUUGGCGUGCAGCGGGUCGGGGAGCCUGGGCCAACGAGGAAACCUGAGCUGGCGCCCGCCCCGGGGGGCCUGCGGCAGCGAGAGUGCAGCCUGUGGUGCUCGGCCUCACUGGCGGCUCCUUCCCGACGGCUCCUGUGUCAUGAAGGGCCGUCUCCGAUGGCCUCCACCGGCUCGAGCACUUCUGAGACACGAGCGAUCGCCGUGUUUGUGUAAUUAAUUGCCAUAAUAAACGUCGAUGAGUCCA